AUGGCGUCUCUCGCGUUCACCCCCGCCCACGAGCAAUCCCACGUCUUCAGCGUCGCCAACCGCGCGCUUAAGCUCACGUCCAGCACGGACAUCGCGCCGCUGCUGGAAGACCUCGCAAAGCUACCCCAGUGCACCAAGAUCGACUUCUCGGGCAACACGCUGGGCAUCGAGGCCUCGCGCGCGCUCGCCGCGUGCAUCGCCGACAACGCGAGCGUGCGCGACCACCUCGUGGAGCUCAACUUCGCGGACCUCUACACCUCGCGUCUCGUCGACGAGGUCGUCGAGAGUCUGGAGAUAUUCGUGCCCGUGUGGCUCGCGUGCCCCCGCCUCUCCAUCGUCAACCUCUCCGACAACGCGUUCGGCCUGAGAACCAUCGACUCGCUCGAGCAUUACAUCCGCAGCGCGGUGCAGCUCGAGCACCUGAUCCUGUCCAACAACGGCAUGGGGCCCUUCGCCGGCGAGCGCAUCGGCAAGGCACUCUACCAGCUCGCGCAGCGCAAGAAGGCCGCCGGCAGCCCGCUACUCGAGACCUUCAUCUGCGGCAGAAACCGCCUGGAAAACGGCUCCGCUGCCCACCUCGCGCUCGGCCUCAAAGCGCACGGCGCGGGGCUCAAGGUCGUCAAGCUCUACCAGAACGGUAUCCGGCCCCGCGGCGUGGCCACCCUGAUCAGGCACGGCCUGCGCCACAACACCGCGCUCCAGGUGCUCGACCUCCAAGACAAUACUUUCACCACAGUCGCCUCUGCGGCCCUGGCCGAGACCCUGCCAGUAUGGCGCGACUCCCUCGUUGAGCUGAACGUCAACGACUGUCUGCUGAAGGGCUCUGGUUCGGACCUCGUCGCCAAGGCCCUCCAAGCGUACGAGUUCCCCCAGCUGCACGCUCUGAGAUUGCAAUACAACGAGCUGACCCAAGACACCCUGGAGUCCAGCCUCCUGCCCGCGCUGCAGGCCAACAAGCUACCAGCCCUGAAGUUCCUGGAACUGAACGGUAACAGGCUCGAGGAGGACUCCGACACCCUCACCGAGCUCGAGCAGGCCUUCGACGGCGAGCUCGACGACCUCGACGACCUGGAGGAACUCGACAGCGAGGACGAGGAAGACGAAGAAGACGAAGAAGAAGAGGACGCGGACGCCUCCGAGGAAACCGACAUCGAGGCCCUCGAGAAAAGCCUGGCCGAUCUGGAAAUCAACGUAGAUGAAUUGGCCCAAGACUUGCAAAAAACCUCGAUCUAG